AUGAGCUCGGGCGACGAUUUCGAUCUGUCGGAUUCGUCGAGCUCCGACGAUUCCGACCUCGACGAGCUGCUCCAGGACGACGACUUGGAGGCCACCAUGCUCCUCCUCGCCGUCAAGGACCUGGAGGACCGCGCGAAGCUGCUGAAUCGGAGGCGCGGCUCCGUGUUCGGCCGGAACCACAUCCAGCGGAAUCGCCUCCUCGGCCACGAGCAGCUGAUGGAGGACUACUUCGCCGAGGUACCUACAUAUCCUGCCCAUCUGUUCCGUAGGAGGUAUCGCAUGCGGCGUAGCUUGUUCGUCCGAAUCAUCAAAGACUGCGAAUUGCAUUCGAAUUACUUCAAGCAACGUAGGAAUGCCGCCGGGGUGAUGGGUUUCAGCGCUUUCCAAAAGAUCUCUGCUGCCAUGAGGGUAAUUGCGUAUGGCAUCCAUGCGGAUUACACCGACGAGUAUCUUCGAAUUGGCGAAGAUACUACCACGCAGUCAGUCCGCAGGUUUGCUCGCAUGAUUAUCAAGUUGUACGGGCCUACGUAUCUCCGAGCUCCCAACGAGGAUGACACCAAACAGUUGAUGGAGAUAAAUGAGAAAAGAGGUUGGCCUGGAAUGCUUGGUAGUAUCGAUUGUAUGCAUUGGACAUGGAAGAAUUGUCCAAAAGCAUGGCAUGGACAGUACUGUGGCAAGAGCAAAGAUGCAACCAUUGUCCUUGAGGCCGUAGCAUCACAAGAUUUGUGGAUUUGGCACUAUUUUUUUGGUUUGCCGGGGACACUCAAUGACAUCAACGUCCUGCAAAGGUCUCCUUUGUUUGCUAAAUUAGCAAAUGGGGAAGCACCCACUUGCAACUACAAGGUCAUGAACAAUGAGUACACAAUGGGCUAUUACCUAGCCGAUGGCAUCUAUCCGGAUUGGGCAACUUUUGUUAAGUCUGUCAAGGAUCCCCAAGAUAGAAUAGAAGCUGAAUUUGCCAAGGCUCAAGAAGCAGCUCGCAAGGACAUUGAGAGAGCUUUUGGUGUUUUGCAAGCAAGGUUUGCCAUUCCUCUGUUAAAGAUGCUCUUAAGGCGGUACUACCGCCCGUAUACAUCGACCAGCAGCAGCGUGAAAACGCGGCAGGCGAGUGAGCGGACAGAGCCGGCCAGCAACCGAGCGCACGCGCGCGUGUGGCAGGGCAGCUCGCGAUCGAGCAGGCGCGUGCGGAGCGAGCAGCGGCAACAGGCGCGCGAGCAAGCCGGCCAAGAGAUCGAGCAGGCAACAAGCAGGAGGCAAGAUGAUACCGCACAAGGAGGAGCCGGUAGUGUCGGCCUGUACAACAUGCACGACCAGCCCAAGCUAGCUAGCGCUUGCGUUCUUGCACACAUGCUUGCACACCACUACCAAGUGCUAACCAACUGCUAG